AUGAAAUUCCUUGCCGCGUGCUUGACGCUCAUUAGCGCCUAUCCAUGGACGGUGAAUGCACUGCCCACCCCCGAAGACCUCACAGUCCUUGCCUACAGAGCCUGGGACUUCCGUUUGCUCAGUGAAGCUCCUCCAGUUUGCAACAGCUCCGUGAAUAAUAUCGAAUACUCCAUUCUCCACAACUCUGGCGCACAACGGCGUGACUGUCAGGUAUUGAAUGUUGCGGAAUUCAAUUCCACAAAUGUCAAGAGUAUCUCGUGGAAGAGCCCAUCGGACGUGAACCGGUAUGACCUUUGCAUGUUCAGCUCGCCUGACUGUUCAGGUGGGGAAGGUGGCCUGCUAGGGAGCAUUACCAAUGGCUGGGAGGUGUGCUAUUUGUACAAUGGGUUUGAGUCAUGGACUGUUGUUCCGAAUGGGGAGGCUUGUGUUCCAGCUGCGGCGGGUAAUGGUAGUAAAGGUGGGGAGCAAUAG